AUGCCCACCGCCACCCAACAAAAACCCACCAAACUCCCCGUCACAGUCGAUAAACCAACCCCCUACACCUUCGACCUCGGCCUCCUCCUCGCCAACGACCCCAACCCCGUCGCCGCCCCCCCCACAGGCAGCACCACCGACCGCACGGCUCUCGAAACCCACCUGACCUCCAUCGCCCGCGACGGCGCCCAAGUCCUCAUCAACCAGCUCCUCACCACCUGCCCCAUCACCUCCACCCCGGCAGGCGUCCUACUCUCCCUCCCGGCCCCUCAAACCCCGCUCCCGCGCGAAAAGCCAGUCCCCGCCCCCAAGGCCGAAACCAAAUGGGCCGCCUUCGCCAAGCGCCGGGGUAUCAAGCCCAAGACGCGGGAGCAGCGGCGCAAUCUGCAGUAUAACGAGGAGUCGGGAGAGUUUGAGAGGCGGUGGGGGUAUAAGGGGGCGAAUAAGGCGGGCCAGGACGACGCGAUUGUUGAGCUUAGUUCUAAGCAGGUGGAUGCGGAGAAGCGCGGGGAUGGGACGACGAGCGUGCGUGGGGAUAAGAGGAGGGAGAUUCGGGAGCGGGUAAAGAGGAAUGAGAGGCGGAUGAGGAAGAAUGAGCGGAAUGCAGCUGGGAGGAAAUAG